CACAUUAAUUCUACUUUGCAAAAAAUUAGUUUGAAGUAUUAAUUAAAAUAGUUUUAAUUAGUUGCAUUAGUUUUGUAUCCAUUAUUAUAUUUGUUGUGAAUUAAUAUUUGUUACAUUUUUUAGAUGGAAGGUGGUAGAUAUUCGGUUGAUUUGGGUAACCUCCAACGCAAUCGAAGAAACGAGAUUGGGAGGAAGAAAUCCCGCAAAGGUAAAGAACUUGCCAUGUAGCGAUCCACUUGAAGGAGAAACAUAUGAACCUAGGAGAAAAUAGUGGGAAACUGAAGAAGAAGAAAACACAUGCUAUAUGCAACAACAACAAAGUUUUGGAGAAGGUAUUCAUCUCAAAAACCUGUUUCUCCAAAUGAUGGAAGGUGGUAGAUAUUCGGUUGAUAUGAGUACCUCGAGCGCAACCGAAGGAACGAGAUUGGGAGGAAGAAAUCCCGCAAAGGUAAAGAACUUGCCGACUCUUCAUCUCAAAGCCGAGAUGAUUUUGAAACGGGUUACCAAAGGAGGGAUGAAGAUGCGAUGUCCGAAGAACAACUACAACAAGAAUUGGCCCGGCAUAAUAACCGCUUUCUCCAACAAGAACAAAUCCCGACGACCAUUGACGAAGAUGAGCUCGAGGAUGACGAUGCAGAUGAACUUGAACCGGAGACGGGCGAUGGUGACGGCAACCACGACGAGGCGGACGAGCCCACCUCAUCCCAACCCGGUAAGAAAAAAAGUAAAUUUGAACUAAUGCAAAAUAAUUUUGAUAAGUGGAAGGACGCCCAAACCGGGUUUUGGUACGCAACUUGCAAGUGGGGUAACAAAAAUUAUAGCUUGGGGACCUCCUGCGGAUACGGAUCCGCCGCAAGGCAUCUUAAGGCAAAGCACCCCGUGGAGUAUGCAAAAUUAGGCGGCGGAACGGGGAAGCAAACUCAAAUAUCGAGGUUUGCGAAUUCUCAACCUUUUGGUAAUUUCUCAUACAAUGAUGCACAAAAUUUGACUGGCAUGGCUAACUUAAUUUGUGAAGAAAAUUUGUCUUAUAUGUUUUCUGAAAGUCUUGCUUUAAGACAUUAUGCAUGCGGUAGUUUAAAUCCUCAAUUUAGAGGUUAUAGUCACAAAACUGUUAAGAAAGAAAUUAUAAGGCUUUAUAGUGCGGAAAAGGCAAGGUUACAAAAUUUAUUUGCAAACUUUGAUGAGCGUGUUACUAUUUGUUCUGACAUAUGGGAGGAUGAUUUUCAUCAUUUAAAUUAUUUGGGUCUGGCUGCACAUUAUAUUGAUGAUGAUUGGAAUAUGCAUAAACGUGUUCUUACUUUUCGUGAAUUUAAUGAUCGUCACACCGCUGAACAUAUUUAUAUUUUGAUUGAGCGUAUUUUAAUUGAGUAUAAUUUUAUUGGUAAGGUGUUUGCUAUUGGUUUCGCUAAUGCUACUAAUAAUACUGCUGCUAUACCUAGAUUGCGUGAAUUGUGUGGUGCCAAUAAUUUGAUGGGUAGAUUUUUUCAUCAACACUGUGCAUGCCAUGUUAUAAAUUUAUGUGUGCAAGACGGUCUAAAAGCGUUAGGAGAUGCUAUGGAGGUAGUCGGAGGGGGGGGGGGGGUAGACGUACUUGGGGUAAUGAUUGUUGGGUGUGUUUCGGAAAAUAAAGAAAAUUAAUUAAAAUAAAUUAAUUAAAUAAAAUGACAAGAGAAAAACAAGAAAGGAGAUGAAGCAGAAUUAGUCAAAGCUCGUGCUACGCACGAUUUCCUUAAAACGUAUUUGUUGCCUCCCACGGUGCUAGGAGCGUUGCAACAAUCAUUUCCCAGGAUACGAUGACUACGAAAUAAUGUUUGAGCACACAAACAAGAGUUCCAGCGAACGAGAACACAAGCUGAACACAAAGGAAAUUUUUAGAAUGCUGGCAGUGUAUUUUUAGAGCUAAAACGUGUAUGGAGUGCAAGAAUGCGUGUAAGAACGUAUGUUGUUGCAAACCACCUGUCAGCCAUUAUAUAGGAGGAUUUGUUGUGUGAAAGUAGUGAAUUAAUGGACCUGAACGUUGGACAUUAAUGACCAGUCCGUUGGGCAUUGAAUCGUCCAUGAACUGUCCAUUUAACGCUGCAUUAAAGGAUAUAAACGUUGGGCAUUUAUUGCUACCAGAGACCGACGUGUUCUGAUGCCACCAGAGACCGAGGUAUUCUGAUCGAGGCCAUCAGAGGCCGAGGUCUUCUGCUAGGCACUUCUGUCAACCGGGAAAAAAUAUACGUUUCGGGAAGAAAAUAAAAAUUACCCGUAUCUCUUGAGAGAUGAAUUUUUGGACGACAUUCGUGUCCGCAGGUCGUCCGCGCACGCAAGUCGCGGUUUUUCUUCUCCGAUUUCGGGAUUUGAUUUGCACCCCCCCUGCGCGCGUGGAGAGAGCCUUUACCCUUAGGAAUCUUAACUCCAUAAGGGGGGAGUCCCUUUAUAAAGGGUUGCAAAUCCCUUGGGUUUUCCGGUGUGGGAAAUUAACACUAGAAACCCAUCCUUUUUCCCAGUUUUUUCAUUCUAACGGGUAAACUUCGAAAAGCGAUUUCUCAUUCACCCGUUAUCCGUUUUGAGCGUACCAUAUAUCGAAUUGUAGCCCUUAACAAGGAAAAUCCGAAACCACUUUGACCCGACCCAAAUCGGAAGUGGACCCCACUCAAAAAAUUGCCCCAAAAUAGCCAUUUAAUGCAAUUUUUCACACAUUUUUCCAACAAUCAUCAACUUAGAUUAAAAUGACAAACUUAUUUGACUGAAAGAGGUGUGAGACAUGUUGCUUUUUCUAAAGAUUUGAGUAUUCGUUGGAAUAGUACUUAUAAAUUACUUAAAGUUGUUCUUAGAUAUAAAGAACAUUUUCCUGCUUUUUUAAAACAACAUGAUAACUAUAUUAUAAACUCGGCUGAGAUCGACACUUGCGAAAAAAUUUGUAAUGUUUUGAUUUUUUAAUGCAACUGAAACUUUUAGUCAUGUUUAUAAACCUACCGCAAACCAAUUUAUUCGUGAAUCUGUUAAUCUCGCCGGUGCUUUUAAAGAAUUUGAGAAUGCCGUUUACGUGAGUUAUUUUUGUGAUUUUAUGAAGGAAAAGUUUUAAAAUAUUAUGCACAUAUUCCACAUAUUUAUGGUAUUGCAUUUAUUCUCGAUCCUCGUUUUAGACUAGCUAAUUUGGAAGAUUGUUUCAACUUCUAUUAUCUUGUUUUUUUGGUGAAUUUCCAAUGUAUGACGAUAACCUCAUAGAUCCGAAAACGGAAUACAACGAGGUUAGUACUUUAUUUUAUGCCUUAUUUAAUGAGUUUCAUGCACAACAUGGCAACGCGUCCCCUCCUCCGACACAAACAUCUUCAUCUAAAGAAAAAUCAAAUUUUAAAUCUGCAUUUGGCAAUCUUAUGAAAAAAACUAAAACAACUCACCCUAUUGAACAAAGCGCAAUAAAUGAGAUUACUUUGUAUUUAACAUAUGAAGUUGAAUUUGAAGAAAAUGAUGACUUUGACGUUCUAAAGUGGUGGAAGUCAAAAGAAAGAAUGUUCCCGAUUUUAGGACGGAUGGCUAAGCAAGUGCUAUCAAUGCCAGUUUCAACAGUUGCCGUGGAACAAUAAUUUAGUUCGUCUGGCAACGUCCUAACGGCAUCUAGAACGAGAUUGAGCGCAAACUCUCUUGAGACGCUUAUAUGCUAUCACGAUUGGUUGAAGGCCGCAUGUAGAACUCAAGAAAUGAGCAUAACCCCCUCUCAAGACUUUAUGGAUGACUCAACAACCGAUGGUGGUUCUACCUAUGCCGGAGAUUCCGAAUGAUUAGUAUUUUACAAUUUAUUAUAAAAUGUAUUUCAUGUUUUAAUCUUUC